AUGUCGGACAAAAUUGUUUGCCUCUCUUUCAAUUACCUGAAAAACAUCAUAACCAAAGAAGAAGUCGAGAAAUCGAUGCAAAUGUUCAACCCUGUAUUUGUUGAGUGUCUCCCCGCGAAGAAAUUUAAAAUGAAAGGCGAACCACAAUUCAUUAUCACAACCACGGAAGAAAUGAUCCAAAAGGCAGUCGCCGAAUUAAAUGGAAAAGAAGUUGAUGGAGUUAAAAUAGAGUGUGUCUCUUCUAAGAAUACCCCAAACAAGUUUUACAUCAAAAAAAUGCCAAAAGGCAAAACAGAAA